UUUCUGAAGCUCCGGGCGCCUCUCCGGAUGUGACCGACUCAUGUUUUAUUUGGCCGCCGCAUGAAUUCUCCCACCGGAUCCUCGUCGGUGUUCACUGCUGUCCUCCUCCUCUACCUCCUCCUCCUCCUCCUCCUCCACCUCCUCCUCCUCCUGCCGAUCCUCGCAGAGGGCACUACCCUUCUCCCUGCCGCUAAAGACAUUUUGAUCGUCCUCCCCGGCUCCCCCCUCCACCUCCACCACCUCCACCCGGACUCGACCAUCCUCACUCCGCCUGCCUCCUCCUCAUCCUCCUCCACCUCCUCCUCCUCCUCCUCCUCUUCCUCCUCCUCCGGAACAUGUCGGGACAGUCUUUGACGGACCGGAUCGCCGCCGCGCAGCACAGCAUGACCGGGUCUGCCAUCAGCAAAGCCGUGUGCAAGGCCACGACGCACGAAGUCAGCGGACCCAAGAAGAAACACCUUGACUACCUGAUCCACUGCACCAAUGAGCUGAACGUCAGCAUCCCCCACCUGGCCGACACGCUGCUGGAGCGCACGGCGAGCAACAGCUGGAUCGUGGUUUUCAAAGCGCUCAUCGCCACACACCACCUCAUGAUGUACGGCAACGAGAGAUUGAUGCAGUAUCUUGCCUCCAGAAACACACUCUUCAACCUCAACAACUUUCUCGAUAAGGCUGCACUACAAGGAUACAACAUGUCGACCUUCAUCAGACGAUACAGCCGCUACCUGAAUGAAAAAGCCAUGUCUUACAGACUAGCAGCGGUGGACUUCACCAAGAUGAAGAGAGGUGCCGACGGCGUGAUGCGCACCAUGAACACCGACAAGCUGAUCAAGACUCUGCCCGUCAUCCAGAACCAGCUGGACGCUCUGCUGGAUUUCCAGCCCAACUCCAACGAGCUGACCAACGGAGUGAUCAACACCGCCUUCAUGCUGCUGUUCAAAGACUCCAUACGGUUGUUUGCCGCGUACAACGAGGGCGUCAUCAACAUGUUGGAAAAGUACUUCGACAUGAAGAAGAACCAGUGCAAAGAGGCCUUGGAGAUCUACAAGACCUUCCUCAACAGGAUGACCAAACUCUCUGAGUUUCUCAAAGUGGCAGAGCGAGUUGGGAUAGAUCAGGGCGACAGCCCCGAUCUCACACAGGCCCCCAGCUCGCUCCUGGAGGCUCUGGAGCAGCACUUAGCCUCUCUGGAGGGCCGGAAGCUCAAAGACCUCUCCACAGCCAGCAGAUCCAGCACCUUAUCCAGCGCGGUGUCGUCCCUCUCCAGCACCGGCAUCUCUCUCAGCCGUAUGGACGAUAAGACGGAGGACAACAGACUGCAGCAACACAAGGAGGACGGUCAUAAAGUAAUCGACAUUCAGACGCCCAACGUGUCGCCCAGCACCCAGUCGGUGGGCAGCGCCAACAGCAGCGGAGGAGCCACAGACCUGUUCUCCAACUCGCCCAUCGUACCAGUAAACAACCAUGUGCCAAACCUGACCAGUGAGCUGUUCACCCUGCAGCCCAGCUUCACCCCCAUCCAGACCACACACACUGUGCCCAACAAUAACAAUGCCUGGGGAGGUGAUCUGCUAAAGCCAUCCCCGCCCACUCAAAUUCACAGCCCUGGAGCCCCAUUGCACUCUGGGAAAAUGCUGCCCAACGAUUUGGACUCUUCGUUAGCCAACCUCGUUGGCAACUUGCAGUUUGGGGGGACGCCAGCUAAAAAACCGGAGCUCCAGUGGAGUCAGCUGGUGGAGAAGAAGCCCUCGGGGGGCGGCGGCUGGCAGCCCAAGACCAUGUGCACCAGCACCAACUGGACCCACAGCACCCAUCCCAUGGCACCUGCACCCAUGCCCGUUCCUCAGAUGAACGGGAUGAUCUAUACUGGCUAUGCUCCAGCACCAGUGGCUUUUCCUAUGACGACACCCCAAGUGCCUGUGUAUGGAAUGCUCCCUCCUCAGAUGAGUCAUCAGAUGGGGGGUGUUCCCAUGAUGCCCCCACAGCCUGUCAUGUACAACCAGCCUGUCUUGAGACCCACCAAUCCUUUUGGACCCAUCCCGGGAACACAGAUGCACUUCAUGUAGAGAGGAUGUUGUAACCAUGGCAGCAAAGCUGAAUGAGAGAGAGAAGACGAGAGGAAAAGAGAUGGAGUGAAAGAACACAAAUACCAGAACCAAAUCCAGUGCAGGAGGAAGAAGAGGACAGAGAGUAAAGCGGCGGGGAGAGGAAAGAGGAGAAAGGACCAGAUGAUGGAUAAAAGAUGCAAUGCUGAUGUCAGUUUCCACGUUACCUGACCCUCUGAUCUCCCCUCCUCUCUCCACAUGGCUACUGAUCUGUCUUCGAAUCUUUAUCGUCGGAGCGCCAGAGGCUCCGCAUCUGUCCCACUCACCCUCUGUUCCAAUCGCCAUUUCAAAUGGCGGGUACGACACGUGAUGACGUUACGAAGACUGACAGCGCUGUGGAAGCACAGGCGCCCGGUUGCCCCUCCCCGACCGCCCCUCAUCGUUAUGAUUUCUUGUACAAAGGCUUACCCGUGUCUCUUUCCAUCCCGCAACUGAGUCAAACUCGGAGGGCACACGUCUCUUUCUCUGAUCGGAUCGUUUGCUGGCACUUUAUUCAAUGUGAACUUUGCCAAGGGUGUGUUUCUAUGUUGGUGAUUUCAGCAUCUUGUUCAGAUUGGUUCCCGGUGGCGUUUCAUCCAUCACCUGAUGUCAGAAGUUAUUGAUUUGAAUGCAUGUGCGUGUGUGUGUGUGUGUGGGUGUGUUUGUGUGUCUCUUUUUCUACAUUUUCAGCGUGCUGCAUCAACAUUACAGUCUUUUAUGAGCUCCAUUUGUUCUUAAUUGCCAACUUCUUCAAGAACCCAGCGUGCAACAGUGAUUGGUGAGCGCGCUUGUGUGACUGCGGAUGGCCAUAGAUAGCCGUGUCGGGUGUGUACUGUGUGUUUCUCUUUUGGUACCUAACGUCAUUGCUGUGUUGCCAGGUACCAAUGUGUUACUGCACUGGAACUAACUAAUGAAAGCACUGAGCCAGACCCAGGCAUCGCAUUUGGAUGUAAACAAACCUCUCAUACUAAUACUAACUUUGUUCCUUGGGGGACGUGCCGUACACUGUAUUUUCUUUUCCCCUAUUCUACAGCUGUGCAAUACCAUACAACUCGAUUACUGUCUUUUCAUUCACCUGUAGCCUCUUUAGAAGCUUUUAUUCUGCUGUAGCGUUGUAUAGUGUGUCCACAUCGAGUUUCAGUCUAGAAGUUGUUUUGGUUUUGUUUUUUUUGUAUCUGUACUGCUCUAAAAGUAGUGAAAAAUGCACUAAGAGCUGGACGGAGAAGUGAAAGGGCAUCAGCAGGUGUGGUUUCACACCCAAGCUGUAUGACCUCCGGUCUGAGCAUUUGUCCUGUCCAAAAGUAACACCCGACAAACCCCUUGUCACUGGUUUAGGCUAAUUAUUAAUUACCACAGCAGAUGUUGUACCUCCAACCGGAGGAACGGAAGACACUGCUCAGGCAGAGAGGUUUGUAAAGGAAGUGUUAACGUUAACGGACAGGACGGCGAAAGGUCAGUCGAAGGAGCCGAACGAACACCAGACCGUGCUGAAUAAUGUGUGGCGUGUAAGGUCACGACCCUGAUAACGCGUGGGGUGUGCAGAUUAAUUUGGACGGGCUCCAACAAGACGUAAAACUUUAAUGUGGAUUUCAAAAGCAGAUCCAAGGUCAAGUAAGACCCACGGUCAGAUGUUAAAUAUAUAGGAAUAGAAAUAUAUAUAUAUAGCACAAACGUUCAAUGAGGGGACAAUGCUCUGCUGCACAAAAACCUAAAAUCAAUGCUGGGAUGUACAGUUGAAAGGGGCAAUAAUCGAUUGGCGAUGAAGUCAUUUUCUAUUGAUUGUGUCUGUUCUAUGUACAUGUACUGUAUGUGUGUUUGUGUGCACAUGCCUUCCCAUAGAGAUAAACAGGGUCAUGUUCCUCGGUUAGAGAUGGAAGAUCUCUGGCGAGCCGGUAGCGUGUACUAACUUAGCAGUGAGUGUUAUUGUGACCGUGUCUCAGUCUGUACAACACCGACAUCAAAUCAAGGUGGCUCUCUAGGAUCACUCACCUGCUGAAA